GCCUUAGUUAAUUGACUGCUGACACAUCAUGACAAUUCAGGAUUCAGCAUCUGCAUCAGACCAACAGAUAUGUUCAUUUUCAACACCACAUAUAAGUCACAUUUGAGUAUUUUGUGCCAUUGUUAUGAUGUCUACAUUGAAAUGUUUUGAAUGCUUCAGUUAAUGUUAGUAUAUUCUAGGUGAAAAAGUGUAACUACUGAAACUAAACAAGGAAUCUAGUAGAUCAUAUCUCCACACCAUAAAUCAUGUGCUGAAGGUAUCAAAUUGCACUUGAUAACAAUCCUCUGAUAGUGAAUUCACUGUCUAAUAUGGACUGAAAUAAUGAAACAAUUUUCCUAGCUGCAUUUGACAUGGCCUGAAUAAAAUGCAUGGUUAUCAAUAGCUCUUCAAGAUUAUUAUGUCCUUAAGGCUGAUGUCUGCAAUAGGUACACCCUCUGCUCAGAAAGAAUCUGCAGUCAAUGAUGGUGACAAACUCCUCAAACAACUGCUAGAGUGUGUUCAGAAGUGUCAGAAGCAAUAUGGAGGCAAAACAGAACUAGCAACAGAAUUUGAUAGCUGUGUAGCUGGAUUAUGCAUUACAUUGGAAGCUGUACUAUCAUAUGGUCUAAGAACAAAGCCUUCUAGUGCUGGAGACCCAAAUAGCUCUACCCUAAAGCAAGUCUCUGAUAUUGUGGUGAAUACUUUGAGUAUAGGACAUGAACAACCUUCAUUUUGGCCAUUCAUCAACAAGCAUUUGACAAAGCACGAGCAAGAAAGGUAUGCAGUUUUGAAGCAGAUUUGGACUGACACUGGGCGUGGUAGGGCUUGGAUCAGGUCUGCUUUGAAUGAACGUUCUCUAGAAAGAUACCUACACACACUAUUAAGCAAUGCAGAUAUUCUGAAAGAUUAUUAUGAGAGUUUUUCUAUCCUGUGUGAUGAUGAGAAAAAUAGCAUGCUGCCUAAUAUGGCAGCAGGUCUGAAUUCAAUACUGUUUGCUAUCAACAUUGAUAAGCCAGAAUUGAAUAGUGGAGUUGCAUAUAGACCUGACACUCACAAGAAUAAAGUUGAACCAAUUAUUGAAGCUCCUAUAUCAGAAAGCAAGGAAAAGCCAAAAGAAAAGCGGAAACACAAAGUGGCUCGCCAAUUCAUCUCUUUCGAUGAAGAUGACAGCACCCUAUCGACCAGCAUUCCAUCGAGUUCCAGCAGUACUGCCUCCGACAGCAUGUCCUUAGGCGACAAUACCACGACAAGAAACAUAUCCAGACCCGGAAUCGUCAAACCCGGUAUGAACCAGAUCAACGAAGACCACUCGAAAACUAGAAGAAUGGAAACCGACGAGGAAAAAGUCACUAAACUGGUGAGAAGGCUGUCGAUAGAAAACAGCGGUGCCAGAGAGAAAUUCUCGACCACCUUGCCGGACACUUUGACUCCUGUCCAGUCGGAAAUCGGAGAGCUCACCCCUAUUUCCGUGGAGAUGAACAAAAACUACGAUUCCCCUAGUACGUCUGAGGACAUUUUGGAAGUUCCCACGGACAUUAGCGCUGUACUCACUGCUGUUGAGAGCAGAAACAGGGAAGAGUUGCAUAGGAAAGACGAAAGAAUCAGUUUGCUGGCCAAGGAAAACGAGGCCCUAAAGGAACAAGUGAAGAAAUAUGUCAGUGCCAUUCAGAUGCUAGAAAGCGACGAUGAAGGCAUCAACGGCAUCUUGGAGGAUUUGAAUAUCCCAGCGAUGCCGAAUUACAGGGUGGAAGCUAAAAUGUUCGAGAAGAAGUUAGUCCAGGUCGCUGAAAUGCACGCUGAACUGAUGGACUUCAACGUGAUGCUCCAGCAGACUCUUCUGACUAAAGAGACAGUCCUGGAGAGGUUGAAAGCAGAACUGGAGUCCCUAAGGGGGCCCAUGUCUUCAGACGAAUCGGGCUCAGAAGGGAGCAGCGGUAGCGUCAAUGUUUGGAUACCCUCCGCAUUUUUGACAGGAAGCGGUUCCAACUCUCAUCAUGUGUAUCAGAUAUUUCUGAGAGCAGGGCAUGAUGAGUGGAACAUUUAUAGGAGGUACGCCCAGUUUCAUGCUCUACAUAGCGAUCUGAAAAAAUUGGACCCUGUGGUGGGGACUUUCGAUUUUCCUCCCAAGAAAAGUAUAGGAAAAAAGGAUUCUAGUUUGGUGGAAGAACGGAGGAAAAGAUUGCAAAUAUAUUUGCGAAGAGUGAUUAAUCAUUGGCCGGAAUUGGCACAUUGCAAUAGUAGAUUUCUGUUAGAGCAACAUUUAUCAUUUUUCAAGGACCAGCGUGAUGACCUUCACAAGAGAAACUCUUUUGCAUCUAGAAGGCAAGCUGGUUCAAACUCCAAUAACUAUUCAGGGCUGUAAUAUUUAGCAUAAGGAAUAUAUUUAUUACAAAUACAUUUUAUAUAUCUGAUGAUUCGUUGAAUAAUUAUUUUAUAGUGUUAUGUGAGAGAUUUAAAGGAAAUUAUUUUCAUCUACUUAAAUCAGUAAGGAACUGUGAUUAUUCUGGGAAAUUUGAUCCCCAACAUGGUCUGUUUUAUUAAACGACCAUAUUAUUAUUACCUAUUCCAAGCUUACUUGAUCAUGGUAUAAUACUCCUUUUUAUUGUUGUGUUUUGUGAUUUUAGUUGCUCUGUAAAACAUGAAGUUCAUAAAUACAGAUCUUGGAAAU